AAACUUUUCAUUGGGGUGUGUUAACGUUUGUCACCCCCUGGCCCCUCGCACGGCAAAACCGCUGCGAGGUUUCUGCAAACGAAGCGAGGGCGUGCGAAGCCUGAGAGGCCUUGCUGCUGGAGCCCCUCCAGGUUCUGAGCGCCUGUCUUUGACUUCCGGCCCCCUUGAGCCACAGCUCUCUCUUUUGAACUGAUGGGGGUUCCCUGGCUCUUUGUCAUCUCCCUUUUCUGCCUCACUGCCGGCGUUCCAGCCUGCCCCGCCCUCGAUGCAUGGCCACCGCUGGCCGAAAAGUCCCUCUCUGUGGUGGGUCCCCCCCGGAGCACCGAGAAAGCGCUACAGUGUGUGUUUCUGUGUCUGUGCGUCUUUGCGCAGGGAUCCUACAACUUCAAGAGCGUUACGUCGGAGUCUUCUCUGGCGUGGGUCGCCAAUGGCGUCACUUCAUCCAUCAGUAUCAACAAUGGGGAUGCCACGAUUGCGAUGGGGCAGGAGCAGGCCGCAUAUUUCGACAUGGACUUUGAUGAGGCAGGUAAGUGCCGCUCUCGUCCUCAGAUACCCAUACAGCAACACGAUGUGCGCUUUCUCUGUGUGCAGGGCUGCCUCUUGACGCCAUCGGAGCCCUUGACGUCAACGUGACAUUGUCACAGGUGAAUUUGCCAAGUGUGCCAGCAAACCCGAGUUUCUUCGGCGACAUCAAGCCCAACGGAUUCGAGCUGAUUAAAAUCCAGGUUUGACUGAGGCACAUUCACGCCAGCGGGCUGCGUCAUCACUUUUGCUGUCCUGGUCUUUGGUCUUUGCCACAAAGGGCCCCAACAAUGCUCGUGUCGGCUCGCUGGUCGUCUUCCGCGAACAGGGCGUCUUGAAGGGAGUAAUCACCUACACCGACGGCAACGACAAUUACAUCCAAUUGACAGAUGAGACAUUCCCUCUGGCUGACGACGGCAAGGAGCACGAAUACAUCCUCGGCGCGCCAACCAUCAGCAACAGCGACGGGACCGGCCGCAUCUUCUUGUGCGAAGAUGGCGUCACCCUCAUAGAGAAGAACAAUCUCAACAUUGUCACCACCGUCGUCACUGUGAUUCGAGUCGGCUAUUCCCUGUGGGGUCAGCACACGAGCGGCAGCCUCAUCCUUCAUCACCUGAAGUACCUCGUCCCUCAGCUGCCAGACCUUUACGUCACCGCACAGACAGGAGACGACGCAAACGAUGGAACCACACCUGCCAGCCCUCUCGCGACAGCGGUCCGAGCUGCAGAGAUGGCACGAGCCGGAACCACAGUCCACCUUGCAGAAGGUACUUAUCGUGGCCCUCUGAAGCUGAGGGGAAACGGCCGCCCGUGGAAGGGGAUAAAAGUCGUCGGGGAGAACAACAAAACGGCAAUCGUCGGCUCUCUGCGAGCUGACUCGCUGCAAUGGAGCGUCCAUGAGGGUAACAUAUACAAGGCGGACGUCAGCGGAGUGUACGGCUCUUGGAAACUGACGAAAUCGCCGCGGAUAGUGUGCGAGGUCGACAGUGCAAUACCCGGUGUGUGUCGGCAGCGUUACUAUAUUGCUCGCGCCCCCAACUACUACGAGCCGGGCCCUCCAUAUGAAUAUAAGCACAUCCAAUAUUGGUGGGGCGGCACACAGCCUGGAGGCUUGGGUUGCGUUAUCAUUCCUUUGAUGUCGGCAGGUAUAUGGCCGACGGAGGGGCUGGCGUGCCUUCCUGUACCCCGGCGCCACCUGGCCGGAACAGGUGGUGCGACGAAGGUGAGAGUGAGAGUAGGGCGAUUAUCUACAUAUUCCAUCGAUCCAUGUUUCUUGACGUGUCCAUCCUUGUCUUUGUCAUUCAGACUUGUGGUCGUAUACGGAGCUUACCGACGUUGGCCACUUUCCUGAUGACGGCGAAGGCCAGUUUUCCAUCCCACCUCCCGGCAUCCAACCGGCAGCGAACUUGAAGACACUCCCGCAUCUGAAGGGCGCCAAAAUUUUCAUCAACGACGGGAGGUCUGGGUUUUGGACGAAGCGCUUCGAAGUGGCCACACACAAUCGGCAGGCUGGCAAACUCACCAUCAACGAGAAUUUCUUGUGCCGCGACCCUGCACUCAUCUGCAUCCGAGCCUACGCCCAGUACUUCGUCUAUGACAAGUUGAACCUUCUGGACAGUCCUGGGGAGUAUUGGUUUGACGAAGCCAACCAGAGGCUCUACAUGUGGAAGAACGACGGAGUGGACUGGUCUGAGAUCGAGAUAAUGGGCGACGUGGACUCAAGCGAUGAGGCGACAGGCAUCGACCUCUCGGGAAAGUCGUUUGUCACUAUUGAUGGCGUUCGUGUCGCUUUCUUCCGGAGAGGCGUCAUCGAGUCUGGCAAGGUAGGAUGCACAUGCCAUGUACGCACUUGCGACUGAUUCAUUCAUCUAUCAAUAUCCACCUUUCUUCUCUUCAGGAAGGUGACCCCCUCUCACAGCAUGUGACGCUGACAAACUGCCACUUUCAUGCCAUUUCCGAGGAUGGCAUCCGCCUUUUCCGCACUCUCGACAGCAAUGUUCCAGGGCGAAAAACACAGUUGUGGACCAUCACCAACAACGUGUUCUCCGAAAUAGACGAAUUUGCUAUUUGGUCCAGUCCAAACUUCUUGCAAACAGACGGAAGGUCAGUCAAUCCUCUUGGCGCUGCACGGCGUGCAAGCGGAAAAACAACUGUGUCUUCUUUUCACUGAUGUGCGUGCUUGCAUGCUGAUGCAGCUCGGAACAAGGGCGAGACCCAACCACUGCUGAUGUCAGUAUACGAGACUUCUACGUGGCCCACAACUACUUCACCCGCAUCAGCUUCCACUACAAGAACCCAGUCACUCAAAGGAUGUUCGGUCCCGCAGCCGUCUCAUUCAUGGCUGCGACGAAUAUCACGUUCGUGCACAACGUGAUAGAAUACGUUGGUAUGGUGCAAGACAUGCACACAAUGUGACAAAGCUCAUGCUUGUUGUGCCGUGUCUUGUUCUUCUGCGUGCAGGCGGCUAUGCGCUUUCGAUGCGCUACGUAAAACAUGGAUCGGACGGAACCCCGUACGCUGCUGCCGAUGAUGUCAGAUACGGUGACAAUCUGGCCGCCUGGAACGAAAUGCGCAUGGCUUCGCUGGUCAAGGCCGACAGUGGGAUAAUAGCGGUCUCUGGGGCAAAACCUUUCAACACGCUCUUCUAUGAGGUCAGCUGAGACACAGUGACGAUUCGCCUGAUGCCUUUGAUUUUUACUCAUGGUUCCAAUGGAUUGCCUUCAGAACCACAUGGACAAUACAUUUGCUUGGACAGGGACGGGCAGCAGGAAAGACAGCCCGAUGGGUACGUAAGCCGUCCGGUGCGCCUUUGCACAUGAAUCCGUGCAUUUACUGUGAUAUGCAUAUGUGCAGGUGCGGGAAGUGGCAUGUAUCAAGAGUGGAUCGCCGGGGUCAGCCUCAUAUGUCACGAAAAGGAAUGGGGCUGGCUCAUCCUGGGCUGUCCAUGAUUGCAGGGCGUAUACUUUCGUAACGUGGUGUGGAACGUUGUGGUAAGUGAGGAAGCCAUGGCUGCAACUCAUCCAUAAUUACGUGCCUUUGUGUCAACAGGAAAAGGCCUUCACCUACCAUUGCAGUGAAGAGAUGGAAUGCCAUGUCAUCUUUCUGAACAACAUGCUUGCCCGGUAAGGGCAUGUCGGACUGAGACACGCUCUCAAAUUACGACUUCGGUAUGAAUUCUGUGCUGCAGAGCCAGAAGGUGUGUGAAACAAGACGAGCGUCAGCAGAGCACUCCAGCAAAAUCAUUCACAUUGCACAACAACCUUUUCGUCUCCUGCUCGGAAGCCACGGAUUUCGACCGCCCAGACGGCGCUCCUUUCCCCAGAGAGUGGUUCGAUGUCGACUACAACAUGUACUACGAUAUCAAGUAUGAGGACGGCUCUCCCGGAUUGGUGCUGCAUCUGGAACACGGCCCCAAUUCUGAUAGACAGGAAUUCACAUACAGCACCCUGUCAGACCUGUCGGCUGCAUCAAGCGGAACCUGGCUCGAGGAGUGGGAGGCACAUGGAUCCGACACGGCCUAUAUCGGGCACCUUUACAGACAACAGAACCUGCCACCACAUACUAACAACGUCAACACUGCUCCAUACCUGUCUUACGACAAAAAGUGGUUCAAACCUCAACCUGCCCAGGUGCGAGACAAAGAAGGCUCUCUCUACAUUUGCACUUCCCUUUUCCUUGACUGUCAAUGCUUCAGAAAAGUGCGAGUAACCCCUCGUUCCCCGCCGAGCUGGAGCGUCUUCUGCGUCGCUAUGACAUUUGUGUGCCCAUGGCGGAGGACGAAACGACGCUCACGGCCGGACCGUACUCGUCAGGCGAGGACAAAUGCUUCAAGGGCAUCGGAAAGCUGGGUGGUGCCCCUAACCUUGGAGAGAGCGCGUUCUGCCCGAUCAUAGCGAGCAAAUGGCCAGCCUCCGGACAAACGAUCAUGUUUGGCGAGUACUCUUUCGAUGAUGACCCUACGACUUGGAAACUUCGCGGUGCCACGUCCAAGAUCGAUGUCGACAGUGGGAGGGCCGAUAUAAGACUCGUCGCGGGACAGCAGGCGUACAUGGAUCUCGACUUCACCAACACGGCCGACAUGAGCUAUGCAGCCGUGGUCCUCACCGUCAGAUGGUCCAAGAUGCAACUGACCCCCGUGGCCGGCACAAAUUUCUUCAAUGACAUUAAGCCGAGGGGAUUCGAGCUCGUGCAAUGGAAUGAGGCCUCAUCGAUUUCCUUCACGAAGGCUCUCGCAUUCGUCGUGUACCGCGACCAGUCGGGUGCUCUUCGUGGCCUGAUUGGUUACAACAAGCCCGGAGGCUUUGAGGCGCUGGUUGACGACAGUUUCCUGCUACCGGACAAUGACCAAUCUCACACGUAUGCCAUUGGCUACGCGCUGCCGACGGGAGACAUCUUUGUAUGCGAAGACGGUGUCACUGUUUUCUCUAAGACCGGACUCAAUAUCUGGCCCUCGACGGUGAGACGUCUCCGAGUGGGUUAUGUGUGGGGGGCAGACGAGACCAUCGGCGGCAAGGUCAUCCUCGACUCGGUUGGCCUGAUGUUGCCUGCAACGUCCCCACUGCCAUACCCCUGUCCCUUCCUCGCCAGCAUAUGGACUUCCGACCAAACGACCACCUUUGGCCAGUAUACCUUUGAUGACGAGCCCACGACUUGGGUAUUCGGCGGCACUACGGCCAACAUCGUCCGGACGAACGGCAGGGCCGAGAUCAGCCUCGUUGCGGGUGACGAGGCGUACAUGGAUCUCGACUUCGCCAACACGGCCGACAUGAGCUAUGCCGCUGUGGUUCUCACCGUCAAAUGGUCUGAGAUGCAGCUGACCCCCGUGGCCGGCACAAAUUUCCAUGGCGACUUCAAACCAAGCGCCUUCGAGCUCAUGCGCAUGGAUGACGCCGGAUCGACUUACGAUAGAGUGGCGGGCUUGCUCGUGUAUCGCGACCAAUCGGGCGCUCUCCGUGGCCUCAUUGGGUUCCAAUCAGAUGUCUACAAGCCGCUGCUUGACGACACUUUCCCGCUCAAAGAUGACUCCGAGCCUCACACUUACGUGAUAGGCUACGCGCUGCCAACGGGAAGCAUCUUUGUCUACGAGGAUGGCAACAUGGUCUUUGAAAGGAGAGGGCUCCUCAUCUGGCCAACGACCGUGCGACGCGUGCGGGUAGGGCACGCCACCUGGGCAGACCAGUCCAUCGGCGGCAAGCUCGUCCUCGAGUCGAUUGGCCUGAUGGUUCCUGCAACGUCCCCACUGCCAUACCCCUGUCCGUCUCUGGGCAGCAAGUGGCCAUUGUCCGGGCAGAAGACCAUUUUCGGCCAGUAUACCUUCGGUGAGGAGCCCACGAUGUGGACAUUCGGCGGCACUGCCGCCAACAUUGUUCAGACGAACGGCAGGGCCGAGAUCACUCUCGCUGCGGCAGACGAGGCAUACACGCAACUCGACUUCGCCAACACGGCCGACAUGAGCUAUGCAGCCGUCGCUCUCACCGUCAGAUGGUCGGAAAUGCAGCUCACCCCCGCGGCCGGCACCAAUUUCUGGAACCACAUCAAGGAAAGGGGCUUCGAGCUUGUGCAAUUGAAUGCAGCGUCACCGGGCUUUCCCAAGGUCGUCUCGUUCGUUGUCUACCGUAACCAGUCGGGCGCUCUCCGUGGCCUGAUUGGCUAUAACAACGUCGAUGGCUUUGAUGCACUAACUUCCGACACGUUUCUGCUCGAGGAUGACGUCCGCCCCCACACUUACGUAGUCGGGUAUUCGUUGCCAACGGGAGACAUCUUUGUCUACGAAGAUGGCAACAUGGUCCUCGACAAGACGGGGCUCGCCAUUUCGCCUUCGACGGUGAGGCGCAUACGAGUCGGACAUCCACAAUGGGGAGAUGAGGUCAUCGGCGGCAAGCUCGUCCUCGAGUCCGUGGGCCUGUUGCUGCCUGCAUCGUCCCCUCCGCCCCUCCCAUGUCCGUGUUUCCGGACCAAGUGGCCAUCAUUCAACGAAAUGAGCAACUUCGGCCAGUACACCUUCGACGAGGAUCCCACGACGUGGACAUUCGGCGGCACCCUGGACCACAUCGUCCGGACGAACAGCAGAGCAGAGAUCACUCUCGCUGCGGCAGACGAGGCCUUCAUGCAGUUCGACUUCGCCGAUAUGGCAGACACGAGCUAUGGGGCCAUUGUUUUCACCGUCAGAUGGUCGGAAAUGCAGCUCACUCCCGUGGUCGGCACGAAUUUCCACACUGACAUCAAGCCGAGGGGCUUCGAGUUUGUGCGCAUGUUCGAGCUUGGGUCAACCUUCGCAAGGACCCUUUCAUUCACCGUGUAUCGCGACCAGUCGGGCACUCUCCGCGGCAUCAUCGGCUUCACUGAGGGCGACCCGAUGGGACCCUUCGAGUCCAGUACCUACAAAGCGCUGGACGGUGAUUCCUUCCCCCUCAUUGACGACUCCAAGCCCCACACGUAUGCCCUUGGCUACGCGCUGUCCACGGGAGACAUCUUCGUGUGCGAGGAUGGCGCCACAAUCUUCGACAAGACCGGGCUGACCAUCUGGCCAUCGUCGGUCAAGCGCGUGAAGCUGGGCCACGUGACCUGGGCAGACGAGGCCGUUGGGGGCAAAGUGCUGGUCGAGUCGGUGGGCUUCUUCGUCCCGCAGUCUGCACAGUGCGCCGAUGGUACAUGUGCUGACCCUUCCCGCAUCUAGUCUCAUAGUAGUCUGUUCCUGCGCCAAGUAGUCGCAUUUUACUGUUGUAGCUGUACUCCUCUGCUUCCUUCUCCGCGUAGCUCUGGCUGGUUACUUAAAGGUAGAUAUUGUUUGCUCUUCUUUCCAUCGGUAGCCCGCGAACGCGCAAACCCGUCGUGGGCAUGCCCGGAUGCCG